AAUAUUUGGUCGCCGUAUGAACGUGAGGUUGUUUACGUUCCUGCAAGUCACCGGAGCCGCCGCCGCCGCACCGCAGACAAGUUCCUCCCCUGCCCGAAGUGCUCGCCGCUGUACCUCGCCACGAUGGAGCUGGAGUGUCUCAUUGGUAUGAGGUUCAAUGAUUUUGUGCUGAUGGCAACAGACAUGAGCCAUCUUCAGAGGAUCAUGGUGCAAAAAUCAGAUGAUGACAAGAUGCAUCAGCUAUCAAGCCAUUUGGUGAUGGCAGUGGCUGGAGAGGCAGGAGACACCACCCAAUUUGCAGAAUACAUAGCCAAGAACAUUCAGUUAUACAAGAUGCGCAAUGGCUAUGAGUUGUCUCCCUCUGCUGCCGUACACUUCACACGCCACACUCUCGCCACCCACCUUCGCUCAAGGGAACCCUACACAGUAAACCUGUUGAUGGGAGGAUUCGAUCCCAAAACGAGCAAAGCAGAAUUGUUCUACAUGGACUUCCUGGGUUCCUCAGUUCCAGUCAAUUUCUAUGGGUUUGGGUAUGGCGGCAUGUUCACUCUGUCCAUCACUGACAGGGAGUACAGACCUGACAUGACGGAAACAGAGGCUUAUGACCUCAUGAAGAAAUGUGUAUCGGAGGUGAAGCGGAGGUUUAUCGUGAACCUUCCCAAGUUCCGGGUGCGCCUGAUCAACAAGGAUGGGCUGAAGGAUCUGCCGGUCAUUGUUGCCGAAGGAGAGGCAGCAUAGGGAACCACUGACACACAACAGUACUAUGUUUUCUUUUGGUAACCAUCCAGUAAUAUUCUAAUGACAUACUAGAAGUCUUUAAUGUUUAGGAAUACCCAUUGUGUGACUCAUUACGUAAUAAACAUUUUGAAUAAUGAGUUGGUGUUUGUGUUUGCAAGAAUAAACAAAUUUCCAGUGAA